GGUGGGAGGUAAAAAAAAGAUAAAGAGAAAUUUCAACCACCCAACUUUUUUAGCACUCUCCAUAAUAUAUUUUGAACCAUUGCUCUCUCCCGGAAUUCGAGUUUAAGUCCUCUCAGUCACACCUCCAAUCCAUCUUCCCUUUUUCCCCCCUCAAUUUUCGCGAACACAAACACAAAACCUAGCUCCGCUUCAGCCGACAACUCCAACGCCGUCGCUCCGCUUCUUCCGCCAUUUUUUCGGUGCUCAUUUUUGCUCUUUCAAUCCAAAAUCCAUGUUUUCUUGCUGUUGUUUUACCUGGGAUGAAGUUGUAUGCUUGAUUUAUCGAUCUGGGUAUUGAGUUUGCUUCAAGUUUUGAUUUGGGUAGGUUUCAGCGUCUGUUGGAACUUCUGGUGUAGAGCAUAGGUGGAGGAUUCAUUCAUGGCAUUGGUUGAUUUUUUAAGAUGGAGCCUUUGUUAAUUUAGUUGUUUAAGUUGCAUGGCCGAGUUUACGAGCUCAGGAAAGUUUGGAAACGCGUCGAUACCUAAACAAAUGAUUGAGGAAAAUCAAGUUUUCAGUUAUCAAAGUUCGGUUAAUGAGCCAAUUGUGGCGGAGUUGCAAAUGGGAAAUCAAACUGAUACAAUUGCCAAUGAGAAACCAGUGGUAGAACUGUCUAAGAAUGAGAUUGGAAGUAUUGGUAAUCAACUAGGUGAGCCUGUGCAAAUGAGCAAUGUGGUUUCGGAUAAAAUCCCCUUAGAGGGAGUGGAUGUUAGCUUAAGAGUUGAACAGGAGUCAGAAAAUCAGAGGGAAGGCGGUCAUGAUAGUGUGAAAUGUGAGCAACCAGGGUUGAAAGAAAGGGAUGAUUCUGAAGCAGGACCAGACAGUGUGAAAGCUGAGCAGAAUGCAGAAAGUAAAGAUGAUACAAAUGUUCUUUUUGAGAUGGAAGGUGUCCAGAUUUCCCUGGCUGAAGAUGAAGAAAAUUUGAUUAGUGAUAUGUUAAAGAGUAGUGGUAAAACUGAGCCAAAUGAAUUUGAUGCUUGUGACGCCGAGGUUAUUCCUAAUGCACAGACCUCACCUCUAGGUGUUGCUUGUGACACUGAGGUUACUCCUAAUGUACAUUCCACACCAUCCCCUGAAAAAGCUGGUGAUAAGGUACGCAUUGUGGUAUUAGCAGCUCCAGCCUAUGAUGCUAACGAAAAGCCUAUACGGGGCCGAAGGUCUAAGGCUGUAGUAGCUUCAGAGAAGAAAACCCCUCGACAAUUAUCAGCAGCUAGUAAGAGGGACUUGCGCUCCAGGUCAAAUGUGAACUCCAAAGAUCCUGAACCAAGUAUUAUUGUGGAAACUACAAAGGGAAGCACUGGAAGGAGAGGAAGGAAAAAAGGGAAGGGAAAUGACGGAAAAUCUGAUGAUGCAUUCUCAAAAAUGCGAAAGCAUUUGAGAUACUUACUGCAUAGGAUUCACUAUGAACAAAAUUUACUUGAUGCUUAUUCCAGUGAAGGAUGGAGGGGACAAAGCGUAGAGAAGUUAAGGCCGGAGAAGGAGCUUCAGCGUGCUAAGGCUGAUAUAAAUCGUUCAAAGUUGAAAAUUAGGGAUUUAUUUCAACGAUUUGAUUCAAUGCUUGCCGAAGGGAAGUUCCCAGAGACGUUAUAUGAUGCUGAUGGUCUCAUUGAUAGUGAGGAUAUAUUCUGUGCCAAGUGUGCGUCUAAAGAUCUAUCCCCAGGCAAUGACAUUAUUCUUUGUGACGGUAUUUGUGAACGUGGAUUUCACCAGUACUGUUUAGAUCCACCGCUACUAACUGAAGAAAUUCCACCUGGUGAUGAGGGCUGGCUAUGUCCAGCUUGUGAUUGCAAACUUGACUGUGUUGAUUUGCUUAAUGAUUCUCAAGGAACAAGACUUGCAAUUGAGGACAAAUGGGAGAAAGUUUUUCCUGAAGCUGUUUCAGCUAUGGUCUCCAAGGAGCUGGAUGAUGUUAUGGGACUCCCUUCAGAUGAUUCCGAGGAUAAUGAAUACAACCCAGAUGGCACUGAUGAUGAUGCCAAUGCCGAAGGGAAUGAAUCAAGCUCUGCUACGUCUGAUUCUGAUGAAUCUGAGGAUGAUGAUUUCUCUUCUGUUUCGGAAGAUCUAGGGCCCAUACGUGGUGCCGAGCAAAAUCUUGGGCUUCCUUCUGAUGAUUCUGAGGAUGAUGACUUUAAUCCUGAUGCAGCAAAUGUUAAUGAAGAAGGAGUUGAGCCUGAAAGUUCAAGUUCAGAUUUUACAUCUGCUUCUGAGGAUCUAGGUGCAGCAAUCGGUGAUGAUGGUACUUCGGACAUCAAUGAACCGUCUCUACCUUUGGAUCCGGAGCAAGACUUAGGUGAAUCUUCACCUAUUACUAGUAAAAGAUGUGUGCAGAGAUUGGACUACAAGAAGCUCUAUGAUGAAACGUAUGGAAAUGCUGCUUCGGAUCCAAGUGAUGAUGAUGAAGAAUGGACAGAUGUGGUUGGAACAAGAAAAAGGAAAAGCAGUCAAGAAAAAGCUGUUUCAGUUUCAAAUAUGGGUACCUCAGCUUCGGCUGAUGGCACCUGUGGCGUUGGUUCUUCUCGAAGAAGAGGUCGACCAAAGGCCAGUCGUCAAGCUGCAAAUGGGUCACCAGUUCCGCUGCAAGAAAGCCCUCAGAAAAAAAGUCCUGCUGGCAGUAGUAAAAGGCGACCACCAUAUAAUCGGCUUGGAGAAGCUGUGACUAAGAGACUCUAUGAAUCAUUUAAGGAAAAUCAGUAUCCUGAUCGUGAAGCAAAAGAGAAGUUGGCAAAUGAACUUGGACUCACAGCUUACAAGGUGGACAAAUGGUUUGGUAAUGCUCGUUGGAGCUUUCAUCACCAUCCAUCACGUUUAGAAGCAAACAUGACCCGAGUUGUAUCAAAUAGCAGUACUCAUAGUGGUGCUUGCAUUGGAGGUGAGAGUGCUUUGGCUGAUACUAUUACUGCUGUCCCUGAGUGUGGCAGUGCAGAUAUCAGUGCAUUAGAUGUGGCCAGUGGAAAGAUAUCCUCACCUCCUAAGUCUGGGAUGAAAGUAGAAGGCAAUAAGUCAAUGCUUGAAACAUCAAAGGCAGAGGUUUCGAAAGAGGGUACCCAAACUGAAUCACUUGAAAUUGCUGAAACUUCACAAGGUAAACUGCCAAGGAAAAGAAGGAAAUCUGGUGCCUGAGUAAUUUCUUUGGUAAAAUAAUAUGAUCCACCGCAAUUGUAGAAACCAAGUUUCCGUAGAGCUUAGCAGUCCUAUUCUUCAGAUUACGACUAUGAAGUUUCACCCUAACUUAUGACUCUUCCAUUCUGAUCAUCUGAGAAAAUUUGUUUCCAACGGCAAAUUAGUUGUGAAGAGUAUUAUCCUGCUCAUCAAUGUUGCAUCUCCUUUAAGGUUGUUAUGAAUGUCAAAUCAAUACAGCAGCUACUAGAGUAGGUGAUAUAUAUGCCUAAUGGAUAUGGUGCAGCUCUUUUCUGUUUCCUGAGUAAUGUAGGCAGCAAAACUGUUUUAAUUUUUGAGUUCUUAUCCUUUGUUAAGCAUAGUCUAGUGGGUUGUAUGGAUGUGUAAAAAUCUAUGCUCCUUCAGAAGAAUGAGAAGCUGUGUCCUUGAAGUUUGAUUCAUGAAGUAAUUAGUUUAGGGCAGAAUCAACUUUGUAAUGCUGUAACUAAAGCAAAUAUUGACACACUGAGAACAAAAGUUCCUGUACUUAUUCGUUACUGAGCUUCUGGAGAAAAUAGACAAUUGCAAUUUUGGUAUCCCUCAUUAUCAUCUAUAAAUGAGUUUGUAAGUCUGUUCCGCAGGAUA